GCGACGUGAGGGGAUCGUGCUGAGGGAACAGUGGGCCUGCCCCUGCGGGUGCCGCACAUUGAAUCAUUCACGCCUGGAGGCCGGCGUGGCCACAGCCAGCACCCUCCGGCCAGCGGACAAAGGGUUAACGCGCCGGCGGAGACCGCGGGCCCCGGAUGUGGGAGCCGCGGCGCGGCGUCCGCUGGCCGCGCUGCAGGUGCGCGGGGGCGGGCAGAGCGAGCGGCCUGGCGGCGACCUGCCCGACCAGCCCAGGCGUCCCCUCACCUGCGGGGGGCCACUCAGCUCCCUCUGCGGGCGCCUUCUUUUCUAACUUAAGGGCAACAGGUGGUGCCUGAGGACCGAGAGAGAAUCCAGCUCGGCCGCACUGGGAGCGGCAGUUACUCUCGCCAAUUAGUGCGCUGGGGCGGGUGUGAAUUAGACGCGCUGACGCGGGUGACCAAUGGGAUUUGGGCUCAUGGGUGGGCCGUGAGGAGUGGGCGUGGUCAGAGUCUGAAUCUACAGUUUCUAGUGCAGCAACUGCCAGAGCUGCGUGGAGAGCUAAGCUGAGCGGACGUGGGUUGUUUCUCCCCCAAAAACCCCGCUUAGAAAAACGCCUACCAAAUGCUUUCUCAUUUGGACCCAGACUCCAAUUCCGGAGCAGUCUUGUAGCUGGAUCCCCUAGGAAGAGAAGUUCUGAAGCAGUGAGAAGAAAGCAUUUCAAUUGGGAUCACUUACUUGCACCUGGAAAUGGGGAAUGGCCUGUCAGACCAGACUUCUAUCCUGUCCAGCCUGCCUUCAUUUCAGUCCUUUCACAUUGUUAUUCUGGGUUUGGACUGUGCUGGAAAGACGACUGUGUUAUAUAGGCUGCAGUUCAAUGAAUUUGUAAAUACUGUACCUACCAAAGGAUUUAACACUGAAAAAAUUAAGGUAACCUUGGGAAAUUCUAAAACAGUCACUUUUCACUUCUGGGAUGUAGGUGGCCAGGAGAAAUUAAGGCCACUGUGGAAGUCGUAUACCAGAUGCACAGAUGGUAUUGUGUUUGUUGUGGACUCUGUUGAUGUUGAAAGAAUGGAAGAGGCCAAAACUGAACUUCAUAAAAUAACCAGGAUAUCAGAAAAUCAGGGAGUCCCCGUACUUAUAGUUGCUAACAAACAAGACCUGAGGAACUCACUGUCUCUGUCAGAAAUUGAGAAACUGUUAGCAAUGGGUGAACUGAGCUCAUCAACUCCCUGGCAUUUGCAGCCCACCUGUGCAAUCAUAGGAGAUGGACUAAAGGAAGGACUUGAGAAACUACAUGAUAUGAUCAUUAAAAGACGAAAAAUGUUGCGGCAACAGAAAAAGAAGAGAUGAAUGGUGAUCCUUUUUAUAUUUGUGUGGAGUAGGUUUUCUCUGGCCUGAUGUUGACAAAUGGAAGAGUGUCUACAGCCUGGUUUGCCCGCCUGCCCUCCUGGAUCCUGAAAAAGCUUUGUUUUGUUGAACAAUCAGAUUGCCCAACUCUUUUGCCUUGUGGAAGAUGAGUAAAUGGAGUGCUUCUUAAAAUGGUCUCUUCUCCCUACCCCACAAAUCUUCUGGUACUACCAUUCUGGGAAGCCAAGCAUGGAUAGCAAAUUGACCAGAAAACAGUUGUGAAAAUUUGACCUGAAGUUAGUGAAAUAAAACUUUGAAGAGUGUCUGCC